CAAAAAAACAACAACCAAACAACAAGUUACCCAACUCAGCAACACCUCCCCGAAAGCUUUGCAAGCGGCAGCGGAUCUGAGCUCGGGCUGGACGCGGGAGCAGAGAGUCGGAGAAGGCGAGAGCGGGGAGGGAAGUGCCGGUGGGAUUGUCGCGGGCGGACAUAACGAAAUUAGCAGCGGCAAGAGGAACAGCGGAGGCGGCCGUGAUUGAAGCACAUUGCGGAUCGGUGCGAGGCCCGGAAUCUCUUUACAAACUUAGAACAUAAAUGUGCUAAAGCCUACCAACCAUUACAGACUUGACUUCUGCAAAUAUCUUGCUCUUCUCUGGCCAUGUUGUACAAUUGGUGUUCCAUGAGGAAUUUGUCUUCAUGAAGAUUCCUAAUAUUGGUAAUGUGAUGAAUAAAUUUGAGAUCCUUGGGGUUGUAGGUGAAGGAGCCUAUGGUGUUGUGCUUAAGUGCAGACACAAGGAGACACAUGAAAUUGUGGCCAUUAAAAAAUUCAAAGACAGUGAAGAAAAUGAAGAGGUCAAAGAGACAACUUUACGAGAACUUAAAAUGCUUCGUACUUUGAAGCAGGAAAAUAUUGUAGAACUAAAAGAAGCUUUUAGAAGAAGAGGAAAAUUGUAUUUGGUGUUUGAAUAUGUAGAAAAAAAUAUGCUUGAGUUGCUAGAAGAAAUGCCAAAUGGAGUCCCUCCUGAAAAAGCAAAAAGUUAUAUCUACCAGCUGAUUAAAGCAAUUCAUUGGUGUCAUAAAAAUGAUAUUGUUCAUAGAGAUAUCAAGCCAGAAAAUCUCCUAAUAAGCCACAAUGAUAUUUUGAAAUUGUGUGACUUUGGUUUUGCACGGAAUUUGUCAGAAGGUAGCAAUGCGAACUAUACAGAAUAUGUUGCCACCAGAUGGUAUCGUUCUCCUGAACUCUUGCUAGGGGCCCCUUAUGGCAAGUCUGUAGAUAUGUGGUCAGUAGGCUGUAUUCUGGGGGAACUUAGUGAUGGGCAGCCACUGUUUCCUGGUGAAAGUGAAAUUGAUCAACUUUUUACAAUUCAGAAGGUAUUAGGACCACUUCCUGCAGAACAAAUGAAGCUUUUCUACAGCAAUCCCCGUUUCCAUGGCCUACGGUUUCCUGCAGUCAACCAUCCACAAUCAUUGGAAAGGAGAUACUUGGGGAUUUUAAGUGGUGUUUUACUUGACCUUAUGAAGAACUUGCUGAAGCUGGAUCCAGCUGACCGAUACUUAACAGAGCAGUGUCUGAACCAUCCAUCAUUUCAAACUCAGAGGAUGUUAGAUCGUUCACCUUCACGGUCAACUAAAAGAAAGCCUUACCAUGGAGAUAGCAGCACUUUAUCCAGCAGAAAUCAAUCUGGCAAAGGUACCACUGUGCAGUCUCAUCACAGAUCAAACAGCAAAGAAUUACAGAAUAUGGGACUGCAAAGAGAAGAUGCCCUUUCAACAAAUGAAAGCUUUUUAAAUGGAAAUCUCCCUGUAACUUCUCACAGUCCAAUGCUGUCAAAAAAGACAAACAUUCCUCCUUCAUCUGGAAAUAAGGAUCUAGCUAAUAACAACAUACCACAUCUUCUCAGUCCAAAAGAAGUAAAGACAAAAACUGAAUUUGAUUUUAAUUCAGAAGCCAAAACUUCAGAUGGUCCUGGUACUAAAUACCUGAAGUCAAAUUCCAGAUCGCAGCAUAAUCGUCAUUCCUUUAUGGAAGGUUCACAGAACAAAACUGGCACAUUACAACUGGGUGAAAGGCAUAGCCGUCACAGUUAUAUUGACACUAUUCCACAAUCUUCAAAGAGCCCCUCAUAUCGCACUAAAUCAAAAAAUCAUGGAGCUCUGACUGAUUCCAAAUCUGUGGGUAAUUUGUCUGAAGCCAGGAUUCAAGUUUCAGAAUCAAAUAGCAGUAGGUAUUUUCCAUCCAGCUGUUUGGACUUAAACUCUCCUACUACACCAACACCUCCUCGUCAUGCUGACAAUAGAACUUUGCUCAGUCCUUCUGGAAGAAAUAAUAGAAGUGAUGGUACCCUGGAAUCACGAAGGCCAUCUACAAGACAUUCCAAAACAAUGGAGGAGUUAAAAUUGCCAGAUCACAUGGAUGGAAGCCAGUUACAUUCUGCAUCUGCUCCUCAUGAAUCUUUUUCUUAUGGUUUAGGCUACACGAGUCCUUUUUCUUCUCAGCAGCGCCCUCAUAGACAUUCUAUGUAUGUGAGCCGGGACAGAGUGAGGACAAAGGGCUCAGAGGGAGGCUUAAGUGUAGGGCAAGGGAUGGCAGCCAGAGCAAACAGCCUGCAACUGUUAUCUCCACAGGUGCAGCAUAAAACUCUUACAAGAUCUGUUGGCUCUUCACGUGAAGAUUGUACAGAAGAUUCCAAUAGGGGUGGAACGUAUCGUGAUCAACACCCAGAUGAUGGAACCUCCACAAAAGAAAAUAGACUCCUGUAUAAUGAUUCUGUUCCUAGAAGAGUUGGUAGUUUUUACAGAGUCCCAUCUCCACGCCCAGAAGGAACAUUUCUAGACAAUAGUGCCUCAAACAGAAUACCUGCAUUGCCUGCAGAAAGCAGUAGUGUAACAAGCCAUUCAAAGAGACAAACUGCUUUUGAUUCCUGGAAAAGUCCUGAAGAUACUCAUUCUGAACAACUAAAGGAAAAAGAAAAACAAAGUUUUUUCAGGGCCAUAAAAAAGAAAAAGAAGAAAUCUCAGUCAACAGAAUCUACCAAGAUGGAGAAUCCAAGCAUCAAGAAAUCUCUCUUUCCUCUUUUUAUUUCAAAGAAUCAUUUAAAGCAUAGCUCUUUGAAAAAGAAUCCUGUAGUCACUCUACCUAUGAUGCCUGGAAGCAAAAAUCAGGAUCUUUUGGCAAUACAGAAAGCUAUUCACUCGUCUAAUCAUCCAGCCAGCAGGCAGAAGGACUGGCAUUCUGAAAAGAUGACAGAAAUCCAAGGACAUAGUCAACCUCUAAAAUCCUUACGCAAGCUGUUGCAUCUUUCUUCCUCCUCAAACCAUUCAAUUCCUUCUGAAUCCCGAUUCCAGCCUUUACCAAAUCAGCCAGCUAAAACCUCUUUUUCUGAAGUCCGAAUUCAUCCUAUGAGUCAAGCUUCCACUACCAGCAGCAACAAUCUACGACAAGAAUCUCAAUCAAAAGGCAGAGCAGCCCUCCAGAUCCCAAGCCAGGUGGAACCAAGCUGGCACGUGUCCCCAGGGAACAGAAGCACCAGUGAGACAUCAUCAUACUCAGAUCAGAUAGCUUCGAAAAGUGGGCAAAAUGGGCAUACGUAUAACCGAACAAACCGAUCUCGAAUGCCAAAUCUGAAUGAUUUAAAGGAGACAGCUUUGUAAUUGUAUCAAAGAAAGUGAUAUUGCAGGGAUUGACUGAGGGAUAUAGGGAUGCCUGUGAUUGGAGUAAUGAUUGUAUUUGCAGCUUUACAAAAGAGUGUGCAAUAUGGAGUAUGUGUAGCUACUACUACCACACCACUAGGGAUUGUAUAGUGAAAUGAACUUUAUAAAUUGCCAUUCACACGUUACAAUAGCAAAAGAAUGUGCAAUUCAGGGAGAACAACUAUUUGCCCUUUUCUCUCAGCUUACAUUCCAGCUUAAUAUGCACAUUUGUCUGAAAGCUAUUUCGGCACUUUGGGGAAUUAAAAAAAAAUUAGAUGUAUGCCCUUUUAAAAAAUAUUGCUGCCUAAAUUAAAAAAACUAGGGUUUAUGUGAUAUAUUUGUAUUCUUAGUAUGGUUUAAAGUCUUAGUUUAUUUGUUUUUAAAACUUCCAUAUUUGAUAAGAUUUGUAAUAUUAUUUAUUAUCUAAUACCUUAUUAUUAUAUCACAUUUUAUGUUAUAACGUUAUUUGGAGCUAUAUGAAACAUUGUGAUGAAGUGAAAACAGCUAUAGUAGUUUCUACAAAAAUUAACAUUUAUUACAUCAGGAAUAUUUUAUUAUAAAUAUAUAUGUGUGUGUGCGCGCGCGUAUGUGUAUGUGACUAUAUAUAUAUUUAUAUAAUAAUUGUUUUUUUUUAAAGAUAUUCAUUUAAAGUAUUGUUAUGACACUAUCUGCCAUAUUUUUAUACACUUGUGAUAUUAAGUGCAGUAUUAUACUUAACAAUAAAAGGGAACUAAAUAUGUAUUGAAGUGUAACAAUAUGAUUUUUACUCCCAUCUAGAUGCAGUGAUAUGGGCUAUAUCCAUUGUUGAUCUUCUGCUGAUGAGAGGUUCAUGAUCUAAUAAAAGGAAUCAAGUGUGCUAUAUUGCUUCUCCUUGUGGCUCUCAUCCCCAUCCUUCCUCCCUUUUCUGCUAAUAAAAGCUUUUAAGAACUCAAAGAACCUUCUGUCAGUUGAACAACAACACUGAAUACAUCCCAUUAUAAUGCCACAAGUUAAACAAUGGUUUUAAGAUUUGCUGUAGACUUUUAGAUUGGGUAAUAGAUUAAAGCUUCAAACCAUAAAAACAUAAAAUCAUAUGAACAAUAGUGUUGCUUCCCGUAAAUGUAUAUUUAGCUUUCCCGUUCGUAUCAAUGUGAAAUAAGCAUUUGAAUAAUGGAGGUAGACAUCUAGUGUGCUUGCAAUCUUCCACCCAGGAAAUCCAACCCGUAGCAAGAAAGUAAAGCAGAUGCUUGCUCUUCCAUUUAAUACAUGGGGUGAAGACCAAAGAGCCACAGCAAGAGAUGCCAGUGGCAAACCAAAGUUUGCAUGACACAGCACUGUAAAUCAUGGUGUAAGGUUUUUAAUUUAACAUUGUCUCUGCACUUUGUUUGGAAUAGUACUAAACAGAAAGUAAGAUACAAUACAGAAGUGAAAGAGAGACAUUCGAACUUCCAUUUUGUUUCUAAGGUUUUAUAAAAAGAUGAUAUUUAAGGGAAAAAAUCAUUUCUAAUGAAAUUUAAUCCCCCAUAUCACUUGUAAGAAUAGUUCUGUGAACAAGUUUCACUCACCCAGUGUGUAUGAUGUUUUCUAAUUUCUUAUCAAAACUUAGGAAUUUUUAAAAUGGACUUCUAAAUCUAGCUAAUAUUUAUUUGCUUAUAAAAAAUACUCAGGAAAUUAUUCAGUAUGGAGUUGGUCAGUGAAAAAAGAAUGAAGACAAUAGUGUCAGAACAAUACAUUUUAACUCUCAAAUGUAUACAAUAUAUUAUUGAAUCAACUCCAUAAAAAUUGAUCUGGACAGUAUAUAGUUGGUGAUACUUAUUAAUAAUAGAUAACACAGAUGAAUGAAAAGAUGUAAUCUGGUAAAUUUAUGUAUAUUUUUUUUUUAAAAAAUGGUUAUAUUUCAAAGUUUUGAACACAGUAUUUGCUCCAUUAGAUAAUACAAAAUUUUCAGUGGUGAUUGUUGGUGUCUAGUUUGCUGUAUAGAAAAUAGGCAUUAUAAUAAUAUAUAAAAUUCAUGGCUAAUAUCUGUGGAAAACACAGUGCAGACUACAACAGGGUGACUCAGGCAGUCAGUUAUAUUUGUUUAAUUCAUAGGGUGUCUUUUGUAAUUUAAUACACAGUCACCUCCUGUGUAUGUUCCCAAUAUUUCUGGCUGCAUAGCUGCAUUUUCCAGAAAAAGAAUUCCAGACUCAAAUAGUGCUGUUUGAAUGUGGCAAAUAGUUUUUAUUUGGCUCGUAUGUAAUUUACAGAGUAAUACUUCUUACUUUGCUAGUAAUUUGCACAAUUUAUAAGUCUACUUAUCGCUCUUUUAAUUCAUAGAUGUCUAACAGAAAACAUUUAGUAGUAAAUUAGAUAUACUGGACAAUUGCUAUUUGUACUACUAGAUGUUUCAGGUAAGGAUACCCUUCUUAAGCUUAAACUUGAGAAUAUGGUGAAUUUUAUUUUUGGGGUGUUCCAUAAAGAAAAUUAUUUCUUUUAGUAAUGUGUACAUUCAGUUGUGUUAAUACAAAGAACAUUUCAAAGGUCUUGCACUAUAUUUAAUUUAUGUAUCCAAGCUUUGUAAUAUAUGUUACAUUUGUAAAUAUGCAAAGAUGUCCCCGUCCCCCCCCAAAAAAAUCCCCUCCUUAUUGGUUAAUGGAGAUUUCUUAACAUUAUAAGAAAAGAAAAACCUAUUAUGCAUUCAGCUAUGAUUAAGUGUGAGCUUUUUUCUUCACUGAGAUUACAUAAGUACAUUGCUGUUCUCUGUACUUUUAUAAGAAUAGUGCAGCUAGUUUAGAUGAUUUGUGUUCUGAUAGUAUUGAAGGAGCAAAAGAAUCUAUUAUAGUUGUGUAUAACUGCACACUCUUCCCUGGAAGGUUUGUUGUAUAUUCUCUUUUUCCUAGAAAAAGAAAACAAAAAAUGUUUGCACGUGAUUUAUUCAAAGCAGAUUUUUAAAAAUGUCAAAAAGCUUUACUUAAUAAUUUUGCGAGAGUCCCCUUUUGCCAAUGAAAUGUAUGGAAGCAUGGCUGAACAGAUUUUUGAAAGUAGAAUUCUACUUUCUGGGUCUUGGGUACACUAUUGAGAAAUUUUGCAUAAUAUUUCAUUUAUUUUCUAGUAUAAACAAUAUUUUUCAAAAUAUUAUUUUCCAUCCCUUAAUCUCAUUUUCAUUACAUUUUAAAUAAUUAAUAAGUUGGUAAAGGAAUUACAAUGGAAUCGGCACUUUUGCCAUUCCCUGAAAAACAUUUAGUAGCUUUAACCUGGGCUGAGUUUAACAACUCAGUCCAGAAGAGUUGAUGGUUUCUAGUGCUUAACAUAUUUUAUAUUUAAUUUUAUAUAUCACAAGGCUUCCCAUUUCUCUGUUUCUAAAUUCUCAAAUAUACUGAGCUCAGCUUUCCCUCUAUUUCAAUAGAAAUUUUGGAAAACUAAGGUAAGUUGCAUCCUUACAGAGAAAAAUGUAUUUAAUAUGUCAUGUAAUUUUAAAAAUAAAACUCCUUUUUAUUUCACAUUCGUUCUCUUUUCUAUUUCCCAUUUUUCUCUAUCAUAUCAUCCAAAGAAAUAGUAUUUCAUAACCCACACUGGUAACUUUCCCAUUGCCUUAAAUACAUUCAGCUUUUAUUUUUAUGCUGCAUAUUUCAAUUACAAUUGACACUUCAAUGGAAUUUUGUUUCAAAAAUACCUUAAAAUCAGGAGGAAUAGAUGUAAAAAAAAUCCCUUAUUUAUAAAACAAUAUAAAUUUGCAAAAGGAAUUGUCAGAAAAAGUAUUUAUUUGAAAGUAUUUAUGUGGAAAUCAUUUAGCAUAUAUGAUAUAAGUGGUUCUGUGAGAAAAAAAUGUCACUGACUUCUGCCUAAACAUUCUUGAUUAAGAAUGUGACGACAAGGGUUGUUUUUUUUUUAACUUGUUUUUUUUUGGUGUAUGUUGUAAAUAAUGUUAUAUAUGGUAUUAAGAAACUCUUUUCAUGCAGUAAAUUUCCUCAGAAGUGUUCUGAAGUUCUUUGUGCCAAAUUUAUAUAUUAUAUUUCAUCGAGGAAGCCUUCAUUGAGAAAGACUUAGAAAAAUGGGAUAUAGUAAUUUUCAAAACAUUUUAUUUCCCUUAUUUGCAGUGUUUAAAAGAUAAAUUAAACUCUGAUAUUAUUCUCUAUUCUAGAAGAAAGUGUCUCUAUUUAAAAAACAUCUUCCAUAAAAAAAUCUUCCAUAAAAAACAUAAAGCUGGCUUGUACAUGAGAAUUUGUAGCAAAUUGCAACAAAAGCCAUUCUUUUAUCCUCUUGAUAACUGAUAUUCAAUAAUUUUUAAUAAAAAAGGGUUGUCUCUAAGACAAAUGAACUUGAUAAUGACUCUUUAUUUCCUACUAUAUUUUCUUAAUUUUACUGUUAUGACCCUUAUAAUAAAAGAGCUUAUCCUGCCAUUCAUAUAAACUUUUAAAAUAUUGCAUUACAGAGUUUCUAAAACUUCAUGACGUAAUUUAUAUUAGAGAAUUAAAGGCUGGGGAGAGGAAGUCUGAUGCUUAUUCAAAGUAGUUAACUACUUUGGGAUCCUGUUUUGUUUCUUUUUAAAUCAAUAGAAAAAUGUUGAAACUGUUCACCUCAAAAUAGUCUUAUGAACGAUAAAAACUCCCAUAUGAUACCCAUUAAAUUACCAUUUUACUACUACUUCUGAUAAAUGUAAAUCAAGUUUAUACAGCCAGACAUUUUUGUUAGAUGAUUGUUGCCAAAUGUAUAACUGAAUGGUUUUAAAUAUCUGCUUUGACCAGGAUGCUGUUAGCAAAACAACUUCCUUUUCUGAUCAGUAUGUCCAUUCCUAGACAUUAGCAAUUUGAGACUUACUUCAUUCUUUUUGUAAUCUAAGAGUCCAGUAAAACUAGGUGCUUGCUACCGAUACUGAAUAGUGCUUCCAGUUCACUUUAAACCAGCUCAGCAUAUUUUCACAUUGCUUAGAUACUCCUUUAUUUUACAUUUAUUUCAGUUGUUACGUUACUUGUUUUUUCUUCUUGGAAAAUACAAAACUUUGAAUCAAUAGCUUUUAGCUCUGAGCAGACUUUCUUGUUUUAAGUCUCCAACUUUCCUUAAAAAUAAAUCUAAUAAAUAGUUUUGUGUAAAAAUUAUUUGCAAAAUGUAAUGCACUGAUGGGCAAUAUUCAUCUUUUUCUGAAAAUGCAGAAAACAUAACAAUUUGUGAAAAUACAAUGUCCUGGUCAAUCAAAGGUAAUUCUAAAAGCAGAGAAAGGAUUAUUUCAGUUUUCUACAAUUAAACGUGUUCUAAAUGUGUUAGACCGGCACUAGGCCACAGCAUG